AUGACGCAAGCACGUACGAAAAGACAUAACUAGUUGGACUUAACGUAGCUAGUUUGAGGGAGCAUUUUGCAAACGAGUUUGUCUUAAUUCUUUUAAUUAAUGAAUUAAUGCAAUUACCCGAGCCGAAAGAACUUCAGUACGCGAAGAAUUCUUUUUUUAAUAACCGGUGAAUUGUUGAGCCCGGAAUGACCACACAAGUUGCUAGCUAGCUAGCUAGUUGUUGAUAAGUUAGCAUGUUAGCUAGCUGACAGCUUUAGCCAUUCAGUGGCAUGCUAUGGAUGCGUUUACUAUAGUUGCGGAUGAAGUGGCUUUGGAGGGACUGGAUGGAAUAACUAUUCCCUCUCUUUGGAUACGAUUGGAAGAUAGACAGCCCAAGUUCCCCCUCAAGCUCGACGACUGCACCAAGGAGCUCAUCUGGAAGUCACUUAUCAGCAACACCGACCUGAAAUUCUAUCAACUCCCGAAGGAGAGACACGAUAUUGAGCUGUUUGACAGGUAUAAAGACAUUGACCCAGAAACAGGCAUUGAAAAAACACAGACGUUUUCUGACACACGUAAAGACAUCUACCCAGUCCAUAUUAUUCUAGAAAACAAGGAUGGGAUACAGGGCUCAUGUGCACUCUUCAAAGAGAGGAAGGACAUCACUGAGCAUGUUCGCUCCAAGACCCCAUUACUCAACUUGCAGGAAGCUUUGGAAAGAUAUGGCCGAAAGCUUGUUGUCGUGGCGUCUCAGGCACUGCGAUUCAGGACCCUCAUUGGAAACGAGAGCGAUCCUGAUUUGAAACUGAAUGACGACUCUUACUGUGUGUUGGAACGAGUAGGCCGAGCUCGAUGGCAAGGAGAGCUACAGAGAGAUCUGCACGGAUGCUCUUUUAAGAUCGAUGCUCGAAAGUUGCACUACAUGAGGAAGGCUCUUGUCAGACAUGGACUCCUCAGCAUGCAGUCUUAUGUCACACGACUAAAGGCAGGAUCACAGUCAGGACAACAACAACACUCCAUUCUUCUGCUGCUCAAACGCUUCCAUGUAAACAGGAGGACUAAGUAUGACAUACUGAUGGAGUACGUGUCCAGCUUUCUCCAGCAGUCACCUGGUCAGUUUUCCACUAUGCUGACACUCAAAGAACUACUUAAUGUAGAUGAGGGUACUUUUAAACGUGUAUUUCAAUACAUGCGAUCUGCCAAGUUGGUUGAGUAUUGCCAGUUCCCUCUGGAGGACUUAGAUCCCGGCGCCGGGCCCUGCACAAACAAAAAAGGGAAUAAAGUGCUUGUGCGCUGUUUGAGACUGUUAAAGCCGUAUGCAGGAAAAGGCGUCGCUGAGGAUGACGACGAUGAGGACGAGGACGAAGAAGAUGAUGGUGGAGCGAGAAGAAAAGCUCUCCCUUCAGAGGGGCGAAUCAUGGAGAGCGAUGUCCUGUCACAGGCCUAUCACAUUGUAAUAUCCUGUGGCCCAAAGGGAAUCCCCCAGACGGGUAUCGGGUCAAGGAUGAACGUCGGUAAGCUGGAAUCUCGUAUGAUCUGCCGCAGGCUGGAGAGGGAUGGAGUGAUAAAGGGAUUCAUGGAGGACGAGGGUCGCCAGAGGACUACAAAAUUUAUCAGCCAUAAAUGUUUUGGUGUGAGUGAGGAACUCCAACAGUUCGCUAAGGAGCAGGAACGGAAGAAGCUUCUUUACUCUUCUGCACCACAGACGUCAGAUGCUGCACCGCCCAGCCCUAAAAUGCCGUCAAUGUCCACAGCAAAAGAAAAAUCCAAAACUCCUGCAGCAAAGAAGAAAAGCAGAAAGAAAGCAGGUAGAGGAGGAAACAAAGAUGCAGAGGAGGCUAAGCAGACGUGUGGCGAUGGAGAAGAGGAUACAGCAGAUGAAGGCUUGGUUGGAAAGGGAGGUGAAGCAGGAGGAAACGGAACGACGGCAGGGGAGAAAAGCAGUGUGGAAACUAAUCAGACACAACCUGAGAUCCCCAUCAUACAACAAACACCAGCUGAAAGUGAAACUCCUGCCUGCAGCAACUCCGCCACCAGUGUGACACCAGACUCUGUGUCCCCUACUCCCACAGCAGAACAAGCUCGAGUUGAGGACGAAGAAUCCAACUCCAGUACUGCCAGCACUUUGCCUCAGAGUGAGUCGUUGAACGCAGACGACAACCCGGGGGAGAACAACAUUGUGCUCGUUAAAGAUGUUUGCAAGCCGCGGGCGAAAAGAAAAUACAAAAGGGCUUAUGAGAGAUCUCCACCAGCCUUCCUUCCUGCUGCAUCACCAUUCCAUUAUCCUAAUUCCAGGCUGUCCAUUCCAGCCUUCCUUCCUUCCUCCACUGUGUCCAGCCCUCCUUUCAUCUAUCCAUUCCCUUCCAUCCUCCUACUCCACCACCUCCACUGUCUUGUAUCUUGCUUCUUGACCAAGCCCUCUGUUCAGCUUUGUCUUUCUUUUCUGUCCCUUAGUCUGCAGCUGUCCGAAGAGAAUGCCAAAGAACAAGGAUCGGGGUCUGACGAGAUGAACUACAGCCUUUCUAAAGCCCAAAAAGGAGAGAAGAAGAAGAAAGACCAGUUCAAGCCCACGACAGUUCGGGGAUUGGGAAAGACCUUUGGAUUCCAGCCUAAGAUGCAUCGCCUGCGUCUUGUUCAUAACUUCCUCUGGUACCUGAUAUACGGGCACCCGCUCAGACACAACUCCACUGACUCCCACUCGACCGGCCUAACACUAGCAGACAUGAACGGAUUUGAUCCUGAUGCCAAACACCCAGACAGCCACGAGAAACAGGAUCUGAAAGACUCUGUGGACCCCCAAGCUGCAGAUUGUAACUUGGAUAUGGCAUCGUCCGGCGAUGAAGAGGAGGAGCUGAAGGAUGGAUCAACACCUGGUCGCUCUCAGUCUGACCUGAAAGUGUAUGCCGAUGAAGACUCAUGGAAGAAAUUCAUGCCUCCUGUCCGUGUGCACAAGGAGUUCGGCUGCGGCUGGGCGAGGGUCGGCGACCUGCUCCUCUGCCUGCCUCUCUCCAUCUUCAUUCAGGUCAUACAGAUCAAUUAUAAGGUGGAAGGACUGGAGGAUUAUCUCAACGACCCUGUAAAACAACACCACCUUAUUAGAGCGCUGCCCGCCAGAAUGAGAAGACAGCUGCUCUUUAGACGGAAAUACAUAUUCUCAUUUCAUGAGAACCUGCAGAAGUUGGUCUACAUGGGUCUGCUGCAGUUUGGUCCUGUGGAGAAGUUCAAGGAGAAAGACCAGGUGUUUUUGUACCUGAGGCGCAAUGCCGCCAUUGUUGACACCACCAGCGCUGAGCCUCACUACUGGCUGGUCACAGAGUCACAGGACAAACCAUUUGAGAGGCGCCAGUACACAUUUAACACUGCUGAAGAUGUAGAAAACUACUGGUUUGACCUGAUGUGUGUCUGCCUCAAUACACCACUGGGGGUAAUCCGCAAUAAGAGAAACGUCACAGACGAAGUAAAUGAUCCUUCAUUUGUUCAUGAACGCAACGUGUUCGUAGGAUUGGCAUACCUGCUCAAGGGCAGUCGUGAAGCGUGUGAUGACGGGUCGAUACCAGGAGACGGUAAAGGAGCAGGAGGUCUGGACUCUGAAUUCUUUGCUCAUCUUAAACGCAACUGGUUGUGGACCAAUCACCUCCUUGCUGUCAAAACGACCCCAAGUGGUUUAGAGGCGAAGGAGAAUAAAAUCCGACUCAAGAGUCUGCUGAGUAAAAAUGCUCUCAGGGUUGCGCUUAAAGCCGGGGCAAGUACUACACCUCGUUAUGUGACUGCCAAGCGACCACUGACUGCCAAGCGACCACUGAUAGAAACUGUUGAGGUGGAUAUUGAGCCUGCUUCCAGAAACCAGCAGGUGGUCGGAGGAAAGAGACAGAAAAGGAAGAGAAGCAAAAAGGAGGUCGUCAAGGCCCCACGCAAGAAGAAGAAAGAGCCCAAGAAGCGCCUGCCUGCCCACGACGAGGCCGACCACCGAGCCUUGAAGAGGAUGACCAGACAGAGAGUCUACUGGUCUGUACAGGAAGACUCCCUGAUGAUGCUCUGCAGUGUGGCCUCACAACUGCUCAACAGCAAGCUGAAAAGGGCCUUCGUACCUUACUGUCUGGUAAGAGACCUGCUCCAAGCAGAGUUUGAGAUAUCAAUGGAUAAAACAUCUCUCGCUGUCGGGCGUCGCACACGGUACAUCCUCAAAAACCCUCAGACGCUUCUGAACUACAGGAUCUGUCUGGCCGAGGUGUACCAGGACAAACCUCUGAUGAGACUGUUGGAAGCGAACCAGCCUGCAGAUCCAGACAAUCCAGAGGAUUGUGGGAAAGCGUUCUCCGAGUAUGCCAGGCUGCUCAGACAGAAGUUCAGCGCUGUAUUUCUGGGCGCUCGUGAUAUGAUCAUGCCUGACACGAAACAUCAGCUCUUCUCGCGGUUUAAGGUCUCUGCAAUAGAAGAUGGAAGGCGGGUGGCAUGGAAAGACGUUCUCAGCUGCACAGAUGACAUUCAUGGCAUAGUGUUACAUAACUUGAUCCAGAGCACCCUGGCCAUGACCAACAUUCAGAUGAAGUCGUCAAGAUCCUUUCAGACCUUCCACAUGUACAGUAAGUAUAACCAGGAGCUGCUGUGCCAAGUGUUUGUACAAUGCAGGAAGAGGGGUCUGGUCAACCGCCGUCGGGUCAAUCAGCCGUUUGGGCCGAAGAAGAACCGAGCGCUGCCCAUCCUGCCCAUGUCCUACCAGCUGUCCCAGUCCUACUACAGGUGUUUUGCGUGGCGUUUUCCACACUCACUGUGCACUGAUUCCUUCCGCUUCUUGAGGACUCUAAUUAACAAUGGGACAGGAGACGAAAGACCCUUCAUUGCGUUCUACCAUGAACCCGAGAACAGGUCAGAGAACGGCGAGGAAUUGGCGAGAAGAACAGGGUCAGAGAGGGAAAGAAAACGAAGCGAAAGGAAAGAAGAUGGAGGUAAACAGAGACUGGCAGCGAGCGAAACAGAGGCACAACCAGAGAAGGCUGACAGUGACUCCACAAAGGAAGGAGAGAGGGACCAAAGUAAAAUUGAAGGAGAAGAGAUGUUGAUGGAGGUGAGCAACGAGAAACCUGAGGCGACAAACAAACCAGAUGAACAGAAAGCAGGUUCUAGUGAAGACCCAUCCAGCAGAGAGCAGACCGAUGAUCAGCAGCCCAAAGAUGAUCCGCCAGGAGUGGCUGCUGCCACAAACGCGGCAUCAGAGGAGCCUCCAGAUGUAUCGGACAUGCUGCGCUUCUCUAUGGAUACUCCCGGUGGAGCCUGUGUGGUCGCCCUCAGCCUGAUGUCUCUGGGACUGCUGAGUGUGUACCUGUCCAUUCCUAAACAGAUGGUGGUGGUGGACAGCAACAUGGUGGACAAUGAUGUUGUCAAGAGCAUGGCCGCCGCUCUGGAAGAGGAGGACGAUGAUGACGACGACGGUGACGACUGUGAGGGGAAAAAAAGACUGGAGGUGAAGUCACAUCAAGCGUCUCACACCAACUACCUGAUUAUGCGCGGAUACUGCUUUCCUGGCAUAGUAAAAAUACGUAACCUCAACACCACUGAUAACAUCGUGGUGGAGUCGUGUAUUAUGAGGUUGCAACUGCGCGACACACCUGCUCACAGCGUGUUCAGUAAUGAGAACUCUCCACCACUGGACUUGACUAAAUGUGGUCCGUCCCUGCUGCCCUCCAUCCUCACCUACUCCAUCCGUUCCUCCUCCUCUUCUCCCAACAGUGUGAAGGAGUGCGAAAGGCGUUUGAUUCAGGAAAGAGGAUACACUCCUGAGGACAUUGAAGCAUGUGCUCAGCUCCGGAAGAGUUUAAAUGCAGCUGGUGAGAGUGGUUUGGAAAUACAUAACCUCUAUAAGACUCACUUACACCUGGAGGAGCCACAGUCUGGACGCACCAGGAGCCUGCAGCAGUACAUGAAGGAGUUACAAGAAGAAGGCCAGGUGUUACAAGUCGGGGGUUUGGGCAUACGUUGGGUGCUGAUGCAGCACGCUGAUCCAUGGCUGCUGACCGUAAACUCCAAGCAGUGGUCCCAGUCACGCUUCACAUCUGACCGACUCCCCUUUUUGGAGAAACCGCACAACAUCCCCUUCAUGCGCAAAGGCAGGCGAAGCCGACAGGACUCGGAGGAGCCGCCGGCAAAAAAAUUGGCUGUGGAAGGGCAAAAGGGCGAGGACAGACGGGACGCUGAGGGGUUGACGAGUGACUUAACAAGAGAGAAACCUAAUGAGGAAGAACAGCUGGAAAAGCAGAAAGAACGGACAGAUGAUGGAAGUGGAGACACAUUGUUCAACAUGGAGGAGAAGAGAAAACAGAAGCCGCCUGAAGAGGAGGAGGGAGGAAAGCAGAUGCAGCCUGAAGAGGAGGAGGGAGGAAAGCAGAUGCAGCCUGAAGAGGAGGAGGGAGGAAAGCAGAUGCAGCCUGAAGAGGAGGAGGGAGGAAAGCAGAUGCAGCCUGAAGAGGAGGAGGGAGGAAUGCAGAUGCAGCCUGAAGAGGAGGAGGGAGGAAUGCAGAUGCAGCCUGAAGAGGAGGGAGGAAUGCAGAUGCAGCCUGAAGAGGAGGAGGGAGGAAAGCAGAUGCAUCCUGAAGAGGAGGAGGGAGGAAUGCAGAUCCCGCCUGAAAAGGACAGAGAGCAGGAGGCUGGCAAGGAGAAGGUGGAAACUGAGGAAAGACAGGAAAAGAGAGAUCGUAGAGUCCGAGCGAGCAGAAGAGCUGAUGAAAGAGAGGGACCAACAAGGCCAGCUAACGUUGAUAAUGGCGAGAACGUGAGUUUCAUCAGCCGGCCGUGGCGCAUGGUCGACGGCAAUCUGAACGAUAUGUGUAAAGGCAUGCUGGAGGCCAUUUUGUACAACAUCAUGUUCCGACCCGGACUCACGCAACAGUCACUGGUGGAGCAUUACAAAGAUGUGUUGCAGCCGAUGGCGGUGCUGGACCUGGUGCAGUCUCCUCCACAGGCACUCAUCGACAUUGGCUGUGUGACGAAGAAAACUCUGGUUAAAGCUCCUAAACCCUCGCUGUUUGCCCGCUCUGUGCCCCAGAGAAGCAGUGAGACCAAAGUGAAGAUUGAGGAACCAGACACGGUAUUUUAUGAGCCCACCAUCAGCUGCUGCCUGCGGCUCAGUCAGAUGUUACCCAACGAACGUCACUGGAACAAUUGCCUACCAUGAAAGUAAUCAAGCAGUAAGCAGCCUUACCUGGCCUGACCUGACAACAUAUUAGGUACAUAAUAAGGCUUUUGAAGUUCAUGCCUAAAAAGUUGUGUCAGCGAUCAGACCGUUGUGAUACACCUAAAUAAUUUAAUUAUAGAAAAAAGUGUCAUGUCAUCAGGGUCUCUGACAGAUUUCAUUUCUGGUUUUACAGAACAGGGAUUUCUUUGUACAUUGUCUUAAUGGAUUUUUUUCUUCUUAUGGUUUGUCUUAGAAUUCAAUUAAGUUAUGUGUUCCUUUUUUGUAUGCCAGUUAUCUUAAACUAUUAAUAAAAAUAUGUUACAUUACAUUCUUGACUUGA